CUCCUUUGACUCUGGCCCUCCGCUCUGCUCAGCCGGGAGUAGCAGCGUCAAGCAUUCGAGCAAAAAUCAGAGACAAAUGGUUUCAGUUGUAAAUUGACAUCAUUCCGAGCAACUCAAAGCAGGCCAAGAAAGGUUGCUCUCCGUUCAGGAUUUUUUGGUCGGAAACACGCAGAAAGAAGACAGAGUUCACUUGCUUGCUAUUCGGCGUUAAUAGUCGAUAAAUUGACAUCGAGUGGAUUUUCCCGGCGGACUGUGUGGACCGAGAAGUACGGAGAAGAUUAUUGCCUCCUGGUUGUCUCCUGCCUGGCAGUGCUUAGUAACAUUAUUGUGUUUGCCGUCAGCGAAAUCGUUAUUAGACCUACAUAACUAAACUGUAUACAAUGCCAUCCGACCGUCAUUAGUGUCGAGGCUCUCUCAAUCAAGAAAAUAAAAAAAACAAUAGGUGACCAAAGACGUUUUCCCGAGCAACAGCCGUGCCAUCCGUUUACCGAAAUGACACAGGCUGAGGAGGUGCGCGAAGUGAACCAGGUGUGCAUUACAAACAUACCCGAUCUCCAUACGCAGGCGGCCCAGGCGGAACACAAAACUCCUCCCCAGCCACCGCUUCCACCUCCUGCAUCAACCACCACCACAACCAACACAAACAGUACCGAUAGUGACGUGUGGCACAGUACAAAUCUCAGCGUUUUCACCAACAAAUGGCAUCCCCACGUGUAUGCUAAUCCGCCAAAAAACCCCACCCCACACUCAAUCAUGGACAUUCUCGGCUGGAAGGGUUCUAUCCGAAGUGAAUCCUCUCCUGCAAUGGAACAGAACAAUCAUAUGAUGCCAUACCUCAUGCAUAGUUUGGGAGUUUCGAGGGAAGACACCGAUGAUCAACCGCUCGAUCUGUGCAUUCCCAAAUCAUCGCAACAACUUGAAGAAGAGAGUACGCAGGAAUCGAUACGUUCCAUCAGUCGAGAGCGGGCACACUCAACGGACGUCGAAUCCGAGACCUACGGCUCGAACGAAUCGCAACACUCGAUGAGAGAUUCUUCCACCUCUUCCGGUGCACAAAAACUGGCUUCCCUCGGAGUGGCUGGUUCCAAGAAAAACAGUCGGCCGGAAGCGUUUGAUCCCGAAGAUGGUGACGACUGCCAGCUGGACGGGGGCCGGAGAAAAAAGAAAGCCCGCACGACGUUCACCGGUCGGCAAAUCUUCGAGCUGGAGAAACAAUUCGAGGUCAAGAAAUACCUUUCGUCCAGCGAGCGAACGGAGAUGGCAAAGUUGUUGAAUGUUACGGAGACACAGGUAAAAAUCUGGUUCCAAAACCGUCGCACCAAGUGGAAAAAGCAAGACGGUGAGUCGGGGGCAACAGGAUCUACCCCCACCACUCACGCCAAGGAACCUCGAACGGCAAAAACUCCCGCCUCAUCCCCAUCAUCCCUUUCCUCCCCAACAGCACCCACGAUUCCACCAUCCUCGUCCUAUCCCUCCCAUAUUAACGCCACACCGCCAGAGGAGAAACUACUCCACCACCCCGUGAAACCAUCCUCCAAGCACUUCUCCAAACACAAUACCAAAGUGCGUCAGCAUCGGACGAAGCUAGACGAUCCCAGCGCUGAUCAUCAUCACGCGAAGCCACCACCGCCACCGAAGGAUAGCAAAAAAUAUGCUAAUCCGCUCGAUCGUGCCACAGGCGGCCUCCUUCCGACGCCCUACGCUGUUGUGUUCGAUCAAACAUCGUCACUUCCAACAGGAACAGCAGCAACAGCAGCAGCAGCAGCCGGAAACGACGUUGAGGCGCGCAUUUCCGCUUCUAAAAUCUCGCUGGAAGCGAUCUGCAAUGCCACUAGCUUCCGUCUGAAAUCAUCCCCGCCAGUUAGCGAUCCCUCACCGCAACCUCCGCCUCUACCACCACCCCUGUCCAUCGGUGACAGGAACUUUUGCAGUAGCGCCCUCGAAGACAUCGCUGAUAUGAAAUAGUUGGCAGUAACAGCAGUAUACGGAGAACUAAUACUCUUUAUUCAUAUCCUAACAUUAAAAUCUAACGGUGUGCGCGUUUGUGUGUGGAUCUUCCCAAAACCUAGCUGUAAAAUUAGUACUGAAAGUAAUUUUUUGAACAACACAAUUUGCCAAUUCUGUUAUCUUUAAGGCCAUUUCGGAUAGUUGAUAAACAUAAAAGUAAGCUGCGAAGUGAGAUUGAAACAAUAAAUACAAGCAGUAGUUGGAAAUCUUAA